UUCAUUUUAAACUCAGCCGGCUGGAACAAAAGUACUAGACAGGCCUGCUGGUCUAAUCACUAAAAUAAAUGAACAAGUUGGAUAAUUAACAGAUCAGGGUAAGUGAUGGGCCUUUAAGAGAAGGUUAGCGAAUUUGGGGGCGGUACGUCAGUAACAUUUUGCGGUGGAGAUCUCCCCCGACGCCUGUUGCUAGCGCCUGAAGGGAGACCGGCUAACCCACGGGUCUCACGUACUUAGGAAAGCCUUCGGAUUCCAGGUGGGCGGCGGCGGAGAGGGUGCGGCGGAGACGGGAGCCGGAGUCCCCGAGACUCCAGCCUUUACGCCGGGAACCCCGUGGAGCAGAGGUCAGGAAGCGGGUCCGCGCCUGCGGAGGAGCCGACCUUUUUCCUCUCCGCCUCGGCCUCUUUGGCUGCAGCUGCACCUCAGCCCCGGAGCGCAGGCGUUGGCGGUUAAUCAGAGGCAGGCGUGGAUAUGUUUACAAGAUGUGAGUUGUGUUCUUUCCACCUUUACCUUCUGAGGGCUUCUUAUGCCUCAUGGUGACAGGUGUAAAUCAUGACACACAAGGGCACCAUGAAGCCGGUGAAGAAAAACAAAGCGGAAGAACCUGAAUUGGAGCCCCUGUGCUGCUGCGAGUACAUAGAUCGAAAUGGGGAAAAAAACCACGUGGCAGCUUGUUUGUGUGAUUGCCAAGAUCUGGAUGAAGGGUGUGACAGAUGGAUCACGUGUAAGUCCGUGCAGCCAGAGACCUGUGAGAGAAUCAUGGAUACGAUCUCUGACCGCCUCCGGAUUCCUUGGCUUAGGGGAGCCAAAAAAGUUAACAUUAGCAUCCUUCCCCCACUCUUCCUGCUGCCUGUCUUCCUCCGUGUGGCUUCGUGGCAUUUCCUCCUGGGGGUGGUGGUUUUGACCUCCCUCCCUGUGCUGGCUCUGUGGUACUACUACCUCACUCACAGAAGGAAAGAACAGACUCUCUUUUUCCUGAGCCUCGGACUGUUCUCUCUGGGCUACAUGUACUAUGUGUUCCUGCAGGAAGUGGUCCCUAAGGGGCGUGUGCGGCCCACUCAGCUGGCUCUUCUUACCUGCGGGUUAUUUCUGAUACUCUUAGCCUUGUACAGAGCCAAGAAGAAUCCAGGCUACCUCAGAAAGUCGGUGAGCAAUGACAGAUCUCUAAACGGGAGCCAAAUCGAAAGCCUGAACAGAAAAGGGUUCCCCGGCGCAGAUCCGUCAGGCAGUCUCAACAACCGCACGUCCAAGGAUGAGCCCAAGGGCUCCUGGGCACCCUCCGGAAGCCCCGCCAAGGCGCGGGAGGAUUGGUGCGCCAAGUGCCAGCUGGUGAGGCCAGCCCGGGCAUGGCACUGCCGGAUCUGCGGCAUCUGCGUGAGGAGGAUGGAUCAUCACUGUGUCUGGAUAAAUAGCUGUGUCGGAGAAUCGAAUCAUCAAGCAUUUAUACUUGCCCUUUCCAUCUUCCUGCUCACCUCCGUGUACGGGAUAACGCUGACCUUGGACACCAUUUGUAGAGAUAGAAGUGUCUUCACAGCUCUCUUCUAUUGCCCUGGAGUUUAUGCAGAUAACAGCUCAGCUCUGUGCUUCACGUGUGUGUGGUACUCGGUGAUCAUCACGGCAGGCUUGGCCUACAUCUUCCUGAUCCAACUGAUAAACAUCAGCUACAAUGUGACCGAGAGGGAAGUGCAGCAGGCCCUUCGGCAGAAGACAGGGCGCCGGCUGCUCUGCGGGCUCAUUGUGGACACAGGCCAGUACAACAGGGGCUUCCUGCGGAAUUGGCACCAGUUCUCCACCCUGGGCUCCCACCCCUUCCACCACCCAGCUGAGGACAUUGUCUGAAGUGCCUUCUGUACGGCUCUGGGGAGGAGGGGGGCUCCUCCUUCUGCUCCCUUGCAUCGUACACUUUAGUACAUGCAGGAUGUUCAUGUUUAUCCCCAGUUUCUUAAAGGCAUUAUAGGGCCAUGCUCAGGUUUAGGCACUGGACUGGGAAGAAAAUUUUUCUGACUUCAAAACUUAAAGAGAUUUUUAUAUCAAAGCAGUGAAAGAAGAGCCAUUCCUUUCCAGUCACCUUAUUAACUAACUCAAUCACCAGAAGUUGAAAAGGAUGUGGAUUGCUAAUGGGCAGAUGGAUAGAAGCAAUUCCCAUCCAUUAGUAUGGGAGAAAGAGUUUUGGAUUAGGAUAGUGUCUAGUCCCUCUUUCAGUUCCUAAUAGCCAUGUGACCCUUGUUGUCAUGUCUCGAGUCUCAGGUUCAUCUGAGUGGGGUACUGGUGCCUGCCCUGGCUACCUCACAGAGCGCGAGCGUGCAUGUGUGUGUGUGUGUGUGUGUGUGGGGGGAUCAUGUGAUGAUCAUGUGAGGGCUGAGGUUUGUAGAAAGCACUGAAAGACAACUGAAGCACCAGAGAGGCAUUAGUAUUGUUAGGAGAAUCCUAAGACUGGAAAAAAAUGUUUGUAGGUCAGAAUAUUAAAGCCAGUAGUAUUACAGUAAUCCCUUUUCAGAAUUUCACAGUGAAAAAAAAGAUCCCCGAAUACCAUGUUGUCCAGUUACGGGAAUUUCUUGUUCUUGAGUAUUAGACAUUAACUACUCAAACAGGGUAGAAGAUGACCAGAUGGAUUUUCACUAUCAUCUGAUCUUGAAAGGACAGUUGAUAAUAAUUAUAAGUAUAGUUAUUGUUAGUAUAAUGUACAGUGGUCAUGAGUUUAGGUGACGAGUUCUUAUAUUUAUCUAAUUUCUUAUGUAUUUAUUCUGUUUGGAUUUCCUCUAAGUAACUCCAAUAGGCAUCAAUGUUUUUUUCCCCUUUCCAUGUUUCGCCUGGUCAGGUGCUAGCACACUUGUGAUGAUGGCCGGACGAGAACAGAUGCUCCUAUGGGGAACACUUUACUCUCUAUCUGGGUAGGGUGGCUAGUUAAUAUCAAGGGCUUGACUUUUCUGUUCAUGUAACUAAUUCAGACAUGGUCAGUAAUAGCACAGAGUUGCAAAAAACCAGUCUUCUGGUGUUCACUCUCUUCUGGCAUGAGCUCUCUUUGUGGGCUGAUUGCCAUCUUUCCACUUACCUUGCACAUAACUUUACCUUUCCUGAGAUAAAAGUAUCUCCCUAGGAGAGAAGAAACAGGGUACAUGUGGUUUCCACUAACUAAUGAUCUAGGGACUGUUCUUCCCUAGCUCCUCCUAGGUUAUUUCUUUCAUCAUAUCUCAAAAUGGAAAAUGUAUAAAGGGUUAAAUAUUCAUAGUGGUCUCUUCUGCCGUAGAAGAUGGGAAGAUACCCUCUUAAGAUAUUUGGGUUGGAGUUCCCGUCAUGGUGCAGUGGUUAACGAAUCCAACUAGGAACCAUGAGGUUGCGGGCUCGAUCCCUGGCCUUGCUCAGUGGGUUAAGGGUCCGGCGUUGCCGUGAGCUGUGGUAUAGGUUGCAGACGCAGCUCGGAUCCUGCGUUGCUGUGGCUCUGGCGUAGGCCGGUGGCUAAAACUCAGCUUUGACGCCUAGCCUGGGAACCUCCAUAUGCCGCGGGAGUGGGCCUAGAAAAGGCAAAAAGACAAAAAAAAAAAAAAAAAAAAAAUUGGGUUGGUACAUGUACUUUUUUUGGAACCCCAAAGAAUUCAUGAGCCCUUCCAUUUGCCUUGGCUUAAAGCUUAGUAUAGGGAAACUUGCCAGCUUUUUCAGUCUUUCUGUGCAUGCUGCUGUAGCAAGAGGUUUAUAAGGGUUGAGAAGAAAUAUUGCUACUUCUCCAACCUUACCCUCUACAGCUAGUCCUGCCAUUAAUGGAGACCGUCCUUAAGACAGGAAUCACAUUUUUAUAUAAGUUUGUCGUUGCUUUUCCCAGAGAUGGAUUGUUUAAUGAACAAUAGGCUCUGUUCCACUAGAAUGAGCCAAAGAGCAUGUCUGGGGAUGUGAGCAGAGUCUGUGGUUUGCACAGUGAUGCCCUCUUUGGCCCAGACUCAAGCAUUCAUUUGGAGUUAACAUUGGAGUUGAUAUAACCAAUUCCUUUCUAUAUAGGUUAGAGAUAACAGAGAAAGUAAUAACAUCAAGGACAGCUCAUGUGGCCAGAAAUCUCUGGUUGUAGUCUCUUGAAUGCCAGGUGUAUGGCCAACUCUGAUUUGUCAUUAGCAAUUAAUAAUAAAAUUCAUAGAAAUGUUAGGCUAGUCAUUAAUUUUGGCCUCUUGCCAAAUCUUUAACAACAGUUCAAAUAUAUGCUGAAGAUGAGGUGUACCCAGCAGACCAAAGUAACCACACACCCUGAACGGGGAUACCUGGAGGGGGCACCGCACUCAGAUAAGGGCUCUGUGUGUAUCAUUCUGGCUUAUUGGAACUAAGGUGCUUGUUUGAAGGUCUGAGAACUUCAUGAUUGGCAGUUUAUAGAAGAAAGCUCAAAGCUUUGAAAAGCUCAGUGGUUCUGCGGAGGUAAAAGUCUACUGAAGUAUUUAUACCACAAGGGGCAGCAAACAAGGGGCCACCUGUGAGCAGUUUCUGUAGGCUCUGGGAUGUCCUUGGUCUUUACUCCUAGACUCUUCAGCUUUUUUAUGAUCUGCAGCUAUUUGAGGGAUUUUAUCAUUUUAAAGGACAAAUCCUCUGUGAACAGAUGAGUCUCAGAGAAAUGUGGUGGCGGUGGCAGCCGUAGGGAAUUGCCCUACAAACCUAUAACCAUCAGUUUCUUGGCUACAGGAUAAGGCCUGCCCAUCAUAUUUCAGACAAGUGGGUCCCCCCCCCCCAUCCCACAUCCUCGGCCUCUGUUAACCUACUGGAUGUGGAAUUUAGUAGGUGAUCUAUCGUAUUCUGACCACUUACAUUACUACUUGUUAUGCCACUGUGUAUUAUUUCUGGGGACAAGAAAUGGACAAAGAUUUGAGGGAGAAAUAGUUAAGGAUCAGGACUGCAUGAAGGGAGGAAAUCCUUCAAUAUUUAAAAAUGUUUCUUAUGCUACCCAAACAGUACUUGAAAACACUGACAACCCUUCUUAGGUUUCUCUGAUGCUGCUCAAGUCAAGCCUUAAGUGUAUUUUAGGGACAAUGGGCUGCUCCUCUGACGUCAGCCACCCCUGUGGUGUGUCUGUGUGGAGGAUACUGUAAAUCUUUGCUCUCUGACAGGUUGGUAGUUUCCUUCGGUGAAUGAAGUUAUUGUCUUCCACUGAACCAUCUGCCUAGCAGCAAGACUGCUACUGACUUUCUCUUAUGCAAUAGUCCAUGGUACUUCUAAAAUUUUUAGCAAGAGAUAAUUUUCUAAACUUGAGUUUUCCACAGCCAGAAAACACAGUGCUGGUAAAGGUUCUCUGACAUAGUGACCACAGACUCUUCCCUUUGAGUAGGACAUUAACUUUUUACUAUAAAACUCAAUUAACAUAAGCAAAAAUAUGACAUCUAGAAGCACAGUUUUAACCAGGAUGUUUAAAAAUUAAUGUUUCGUGAGGUUUAAGGGUCUCUAACUUAUGACAGCUUCAUUUUAGCCUUAUUUUGGUCCCCUGCAUUUUAAAAAGGAGAAUUUCCUCAAGCAAUGAAUGGAUAAUGGAGACUUUUGCUUGAGGUACCUGUUUGGAAUCUUGUUUUCUCUUCAGGAGCUGGACAAGUGUGUCACUUACUAAGCAUUGCAAAGGUGAUGGGGGGGGGGAGAGUGAGAGCUAUGUUAACUUAAUGCUGAAUGAAAUUCAGUAUGUUGGGGAUGUUUGUUGUGAUUAAACUUUUUGUAAAAUUGGCCACAUUUAAUCCCAUUUCUCAUGGACAGUUAUCCCCACUUCACUUGGCACUAAGUGUUUCCCUGCGGUAUCAGCAGCAGGCCAAGGACUGGUUAAUAGAGACAAAUCCCUUAGAGGUUGCGACUGCUUCUGAGUUGGGCUUGUGACUUGUUAUUACUUUAGCCUUCCCAAUGGCACCUUUUUCUUCUAGAAAAGUCAUACUUUAAAAGCACAGUUUUAAAACCAGAGCUGGUUACUGAUGCAACUAAAAUCCUCUAUUCCUUCAGAUGGCGCCGCUGGCAAGCUGUUGCAUUGCAGAGCUCCCAAGCUCAACUUGUGAUCCUGUGGUCUGGGUGAUUGGAUGGUUGGAGUUGUUAGGGUUUCUGAGCCUUUUCACUUGAUUACAUUUCUGGGUCUGAUGUUACACUAAAGGAGACCCAGGAAAAUUUAUUGAAUAUUAAAUUUCAUCUUUAAUGUAACAGACUCAGCAAUGUUAAAGGGGAUUUCUGAAGCCAACUCUGGAGUCUGCAGGCUAAACAUUUUGCACUGUUUUUAUUCUUGUCCUCUUAUCACCUCAGACUCAGACACAAGGCCUUUUAAAUGGAGAUUUUAAAAAUUACUGCCAUUUAUGUAAAAUAAUGUACUGUGACCAAGUUGUUUAAAUGGAAAAUAAAGCGCUUUCUUUAAGGAAAAUCGCUGAUGUUGCUUUGUCUCCUGAACUCUUUUGCUUUAAGAAAAGCUUGAGCUGCUGCUCUGUCCCUAUUCUGUGUACUUAAACUGUCCCUAGUCCUAAACUAUUAUUUUCCUUGUGGUCACUUUUCCAGUUUUGUAGGCCAGGGAGACUGCUUAUUUGGGAAUUCUGUUAGCAAUACCUUUUUUUGUUUGUUUUUGUUUUUUUUAGGGCUGCAUCUGCAGCAUAUGGAGGUUCCCAGGCUAGGGG